UCUCGAAGGUGGAGGAACGAUGGAGGAACACAAUUAGCUCGUGGCUCGGCCGAGCGUGCCGUGAAACGAACGCAAAUCUCUGAUCCAGAUGCUAGCAUGCUCAGAGGAUCAGAGGACCAAGAGUCCAGAAUAUCUGAGUACGCGCGACACGCCGUGCCUCUGCACCAAUCCUCCUGGCCCAUAGGCACCAGUGUCCAGACGCAAGCCGUGCCUAUCUUUUAUCCCCUGCCUCCCCUUCCUCCCCCACCUCCUGCCAGACUCACCCGACACUUGACCCUCGUUCCCCUGGUGUCUCAACUCUUUUGUGCACCUCGUUUGCACUCAGUUCCGCGAUCCACCAGCAACAGCACCAGCUGACGGCCCUGGGCAUCACCCCCCCUUGUGCUGACACUUUUUGACUUUGGCACCGCCGUACCGCAGCGCCGCAGUGCCGCAGCGCAGCGCGCCGGUGUCAGCGAACUAACUUUGCGCAUACAAACAUGCCU